AUGUCCAGUCUGUUGGAGAUAUUUGGCCAGGGCCACAACGCCUACUUCUCGAAUGGCCCCAUUACCCGUCUCUCGUUCAUCCGCUUAGAUAACCAGCUUCUGGACAAAGCUUCUACCCACCCAAGUGCAAAGUAUCUCACCUUUGACGAGUUAAACCCUCUGCGAACCCCAGAUGGGAAGCUUGCCUUCAACAAGUAUGAAGACGUUGCGGAUGCAAUAGGUCGCCCCUACGCCAAAGACGAGAAGACCCAGAUAGCCGAGUUCAACCCCGAUCAUCACCACCCGACACUCAUCUUUCUCGGCUUGGAUCUGGAAGACAAAUCCGCGACUGCUGGGUCAGAUGUUCAAUUUGGACAGUAUUCUGGAGUGCCCUAUUUUGCUCUCGACGUGAGCUCGAAGCACUAUGCAGCGUUCAAGGAGUCGCAAACGGCGAGCGGCCUCAAAUACGUCCCCACCAGGGUCGACCUCACCCUGGAUCACCCACAGUCCGCAAUAUAUAGCCACGCACGGUCUUUGAUUGAUUGGAAUAAUCGCAAUCGCUACUGCUCCAGUUGCGGUGGCCGCAUGAUGUCCACCCACGGAGGAGCGAAAGUGGUCUGCCCACCUGCCGACAAUGGCGUGCUCCGCCAGCGAGCAUGUCCAACUCGAAUUGGCCUUCAUAACCAGGCAUUCCCAAGGACCGACCCUACGGCCGUCAUCGCUCCCAUAUCGGCCGACGCCAAGCGUGUUCUUCUGGGCCGCGGCAAGCGCUGGCCGGCGAACUACUUCUCGUGUCUCUCGGGCUUCAUUGAGCCCGGCGAAAGCGUCGAGACGGCGGCACGCCGCGAGGCCUACGAAGAAACCGGUGUCCACAUUGACAGAGUGCAAAUCCACUCCAGCCAACCAUGGCCCUAUCCGUCGACCAUGCUGAUUGGCGUCAUCGGCCAAUGCGUCGAGGGAGGCGAGGACAUCACCUAUCCGGAGACGGAGCUGGAAGAGGCCCGGUGGUUUGAGCUUGCUGAGGUUGAGCACGCCUUGAACCACGGCGCCAACCCCAUGUGGGAGCCGCCUAUCAAGGGAUACACUGGUCCAAGAGUGCCCCCGAGCCAGUUGAUGGCCCAUCAAGUGUUACGAGGAGUGCUGAAGUUGUUCCACAAAUAA